AAAAUUUUAGAACUUACCCAUAUACUGUGAUCUUAUCGAAUAACGAAGUUUGCUGAUAGAUAUGACGUACAAACGUUAUAAAAUAUUAUUUGUAUAAAUGCGUUUCUAAAUAUUUUUUGAAUAUGGCGUUAAUUUUAAGUAUUCGUGCUCAAAAAAGACUUUUCAUUGAGAAUUUCAGUAAUCUCAGACGCACUGUAAAUGAUAUUAUGUAUAACCGUUGCACCGUUGAGAAAUUUUCCACGGCAUAUAAUAUCAAAUGUUUUUCAACAAAAAAUUAUCAGGAAACUUCUACCGAAAAAACCGAAAUUUAUUAUGGAACUUUAACAAGACAGAUUAGAGCUCUCAAAAUUUUUUCAUUAUUGACAUCUACUGGUGGUUUAUUGGCUCAGCCAUUUCUUUAUUCAAAAGCCAUAGAAAGUGGUAAUACAGGAGCGGUUUUAGGAAUAUUUGCAUUUAUUGGAUUUUUGACUGUAACUACUCCUUUAUUGAUACAUAUAGUAACAAGAAAAUAUGUAACACACUUAUAUUACGAUGUAAAAGAAGAUAAAUAUAUUGCAAAUACUUAUAGUUUAUUUGUUAAGAAAAAAGAGCUUGUAUUUACGCCAGAUGAUGUAGUAGUACCAGAUGUGACUGGCAUGUUCACAAGUUGUAUUAUAAAAGGUACUCCUUUAUUUUUAGAACAAAAGUUUUUCCAUGACUCUACUCACUAUAUACGAAUCAUGGGAUAUGAUAAGCCAGUAGACUAUAAAUUAAGCAAUAAAAACACUCUUAAUCAGACCAUCACAAUGGACACUGAAUAUAAAGAUCAUAUAAAUAAAAAAUAAUUUUGACAUUUGAA